UACCAAAUGGGAUUAGGAAAACUCAUGAUGAGUUACAUAAAGAAAAUUUUUGCGUCACCAUCUAAAUCAUCUAAACUUAGUGAACAAGAGGCGAAAAUAAAGAGGAGUGAUGGACAUGAAAUGAACCUUGAUGAGCUUUUUCAAGGAUCAGGAUUAGGCAAAACUCAAUUCUUUCUGUGGGGGCUUCAGUUUCUCAUCGCCUUGGUGCAUCUGUCUAUAUACUUCAUGACAACUAUUCUCAUUCCCUAUCUACGCUGUGAGUGGGGUUUUAACACCUGGGUUGAAGUGGCUGUUGGAUCAGCUUUACCUAUGUCAGUUGCAGUGAGUGGAGUUGUAGCUGGUAAUCUUGCUGAUAAAGUUGGAAGGAGAAUGGUCUUAUUGGUAACAACCGUGUUCUUGGCAAUUGGCUCCAUCAUGAUUGUUGUUUCACCAAACGUUUGGGUCCUGCUGGUUGCUCUUAUAAUACAAGGGAUUUGUACUGGUAUUGCCUAUCCUGUUUGCUUUGUCUAUUCUGUAGAAAUCACUGCUUCCAACAACAAAGAGCUAGCUGUCAUGAUCGUGUAUCUCGGGCAGUUCGGAGGGGUAUUCUUGUCCACAGUCUCCUACUUUGCUAUCAACAAUAUAGGAUGGCGGUAUGUGGUGGCAGUGAUUUCAUGUCCGUUUAUUGUCAUUCUCAUAGGCCUGAUCAUGUGUCCAGAAACCCCACGUUACUUGCUAGUUCAUGGGAAAGGUGAAGAGGCAAUACAGUCGUUAAAGAAAAUCUAUGAGUGGAAUGGAGACGUUUUUCCAAAAAACUGUGUAUCUAUUAAAAAGUCUGAUAUUGUCGAAAAAGCUGGAAAGUUGCUGGACAUAUUUAGUUUCGAAUACAGAAAGCCCACCAUACUUCUGACAACAACAUUGUUCGCAAACUUUUACAUAUCCUUAGCAUUUGCGGCAUACCUUCCUCUCGCUUCAGAGAAUACAAAAGAAAGUCAGAACAUUUACUCUGCAAAUGAUACUUCAUGCCAAAAUAUCCUUGACAAGAAAGCUCUGGCAGGAAAUAUUGUAGCUUUUUUUGGGGACGUCCUUGGGGUUCUCUUAUCAGGAUUUCUUGCAAAGAGGGUGGGUCGGAAAUUCAUCGUCAUCGGCUUCUCUUUACUAGCUCUGUUAUGCACCAUAGCAGGCUUUUUCGAUUUAAAUCAAACCGUGAAGAUGAUCUUGAACAUGCUACUUCGCUUGGUUGGAACUGGGUUACGGUAUAGAAUAUAUCUUAUGACCCUGGAAUGUUAUCCUACCGUCCUCAGAAGCACAGCUUCAACCUUCAUACACUCUCUUGGGGACGCUGGUGGCACAGUUGGCAGUUUCCUCACGUACUUAUUGUAUCCAGUAAGUCCGGAAUCUGUGGUGAGCUUGUUUGUUGGGGCGGCAGCGGUACAACUGAUGGCAUCGGUAUUUUUGAACACUGAAAACAAAGAUUUAGCUGAUCACACGAAAAGGGCAGAUUCAACAGGACAUGAUUCUCAAAAAGACGAAAAUUAUGUGCUUAACCGAGACUUCUAAAUCGAUAGUACUUCCGUUUCCAAUUUCUUAAGGUUUUACUCGUAUAGCAAAGAAUUUAAUGUCCCAAUUUGCUUC